AUGGGGAACUUUUACAGCGCUCUCAAGACCGUCUGCUGUCCCACUUCGUCUGGGUCGCCGUACCUCCUCAGUGCAGAUGGGAACACAAUGAUCUCUGACAAAGAAAAGUUACUUGAGCGCUGGUCCGAAAACAUCAGCAGUGUACACAACCGACCAUCAACCAUCAAUGAAGAAGCCAUUGCAAGACUACCAAAGUACCAGUCGACAACACAUUGGAGGUUCUACCAACUUGAAAAAUUACCAAAGACAAUAAGCGCUUCUCAAGCGGCAACGCACCUGGUGCCGACUCCAUCCCGGUUGAGGUCUCUGUCUUUGGUUGCCAAAACUGGAGGAAAUUGCACUGGCCUCAUAUUCAGAUCUAUCUAUCUAUCUAUCUAUCUAUCUAUCUAUCUAUCUAUCUAUCUGUCUAUCAUAGUCUGUUCAUAUCUACCUAUCUAUCUGUCUAUCUAUUCACAACUCCCUCUCUCAACCUCUGUCACUCGGACACUUUUUAUCUAUCUAUCUAUCUAUCUAUCUAUCUAUCUAUCUAUCUAUCUAUCUAUCUAUCAUAUCUUUUUAUCUAUCUAUCUAUAUCUAUCUAUCUAUCUAUCUAUCUAUCUAUCAAUCUAUCAUAGUCUGUUCAAUCUACCUAUCUAUCUGUCUAUCUAUUCACAACUCCCUCUCUCAAUCUCUCUAUCACUUUCUCUAUCUAUCUAUCUGUAUUUCUUUUUUCUUUCUUUCUGCGUGUCUUUUUUCUAUCUCUAUGUAAGUAUUAUAUUCCUAUCUAUCUAUCUAUCUAUCUAUCUAUCUAUCUAUCUAUCUAUCUAUCUAUCUAAGUUUCUUUCUUUAUUGAUUUCUUUCAUUUUAGAAUUGUGUACUGAGAAGCUUUCGGUCCAAUCCAAUUCUCAAGCUUACCGGAAAAUAUUAAAUAUUUAUAAUAUUAACGUUUGUAUUUUUCUCAUCUAUCUAUCUAUCUAUCUAUCUAUCUAUCUAUCUAUCUAUCUAUCUAUCUAUCCCACUUUGUUCAUAUCUAUCUAUCUAUCUAUCUAUCUAUCUAUCUAUCUAUCUAUCUAUCUAUCUGAUUGCCACAUCUUAUCCAGAUAA